UUACCAACGCUGCUCUCUUCCGGUGAUGUCAAGCCUCCAGAACGCGCCAAAGUUUGGAUUCUGCGUUUGUGUUUUGUUGUAGAUUUCUCUCUGUAGCAGGUUUGUACCAUUAUACCCGUGGCUGAGCAGAUAAACCAUCUAUUUUACAUGGGACAGCUAUAGCCCUGACUGACAAGGUGUAAAGUCAAAGAUCAUGGCUGUGCCUUUUGUUAAAGACUGGGAUUUGGUACAGACACUUGGAGAAGGGGCAUAUGGCGAGGUUCGACUUCUGGUCAACAAGAAGACUGAAGAGGCUGUAGCAGUGAAAGUUGUAGAUAUGGCCAAAGCCAAAGAUUGCAUAGAGAAUGUGAAGAAAGAGGUCUGCAUAUGCAAGAUGCUGUCACACCCCAAUAUAGUACGUUUCUUCGGGCACAGGAGUGAGGGUACGACACAGUAUAUCUUUCUAGAGUACUGUAGUGGAGGGGAGCUCUUCGACCGCAUCGAGCCUGAUGUAGGGAUGCCAGAAAAGGAGGCACACAGAUUUUUUCAGCAGUUAAUAGCUGGCGUGGAAUAUCUUCACAGUCUUGGGAUCACACAUCGUGACAUAAAACCUGAAAAUAUUCUUCUUGAUGAUAAAGAUAAUCUGAAGAUUUCUGAUUUCGGCUUGGCUACCAUGUUCCGGCAUCGUGGCAGGGAGCGUUUGUUGAACCGUCUGUGUGGCACUCUACCUUAUGUUGCCCCCGAGCUAAUGUCACGCUCAGCUUUUCAAGCCGAACCUGCAGACACUUGGGCUUGUGGCAUUGUGCUCACAGCAAUGUUAGCUGGAGAGUUACCAUGGGACCAGCCGAGUGAAAACUGUCAGGAGUAUUUAGAUUGGCUGGAGAAGAAGCUUUACCUAACACCCUGGAAGAAAAUUGAUGCUGUGCCCCUUAGUCUACUAUCAAAGAUGUUACUACAUAAUCCAGAAGAAAGGAUCACUAUCUCUGAAAUAAAGAAACACCGUUGGUUUAGCAGAAGUUUUAAGUCAGUCCCAGGAGUCAAACGCCAGAGUGAAACCCCAGUAAGCAAGAUGUCACGAACUGACUCUGAGCUCUCACCGAUGACACGAAAAAAUAGUAAUGACAGAGCACAGAUCUCCAGUUCUCAGCCUGAGCCACAAGCAUUGUGGGAAGAAAAAGAGGUUUCGGUGCACUCAGAUGUCAGUGUAAGCUUCUCCCAGCCUGCCUGUCCUGAUCACAUGCUGAUAGCCAGUCAGAUGCUCGGCACGCCAGGUGCCAGUCAGAGCCCAUGGCAGCGUUUGGUGAGGAGAAUGACCAGAUUCUUCACCACUGUAAAGGCAGAACCAUCUUGCAUUGCUCUCCGUGAUGCCUGUAUAGCUAUGGGUCACACAUGGAAACAGAGCUGCACCAAUCAGGCAACAGUGUCCACUAUGGAUCGGCGCAAUAAUAAACUGAUCUUCAUAGUGCACUUCUUGGAAAUGGAGGAACGCAUUCUAGUAGAUUUCCGUCUGUCAAAGGGAGACGGUUUGGAAUUCAAAAGGAUUUUCCUGAAGCUGAAACAGAAACUGUCUGACAUUAUUAGUAACCAAAAAGUUUUACCUUUGAUUUGAUGCAUAACUAAUGCAUUAUCUACUUUCACACAUGCACACUAUAAGUUUUUAAUGAUCGUGGUUCGUGUUUAGUUAUAUAUGUUGGUGUGUAUGUUUGUUUUCAUCUUUUCUGUUUGAUCCGUGAAUGAAGAAGUAGGAGUAGGAGGUUAGUUCAUCUGUUCAUUAGUGUUCUGCUACUGUGAAGAGAAGGGUGGAGGCAUUUCUGCCAAUACCUAAAAGAUUUGAGGUUCAACAUGUUAAAAAAAACAAUACAUGAAAAUUUAAAUAAAUAUGUCAUUUAAAAAGUGUUUGGUUGGGUUAACUUUGUUUAGAUCUUCUUAUGAUCAUUGUGUUCAGUGGAACAUAAAACUUACCUGCUUAUGUCAAUAUAAUGCCCAGAGGUUAGGAGUUAAUUCAUUUUAUUAAAAGUACAGAGUUGAGAAAUUAUGCUUACAUUUACCCAAAAGUGAUUUAGUGCAUUUCAACCCAUGUUAACAAGAUUUAAUUGACUGAAAACAUACAAAUAAAAGUAAAUGCAAACAGUA